AUGGACAUCAGAGAAAUAGAAUUUUCUCAAAUUAAAGAUUCACACAGGGUAUUCUUUCUCUAUGCUCUAGAAAUAAAAUAUCUACUUAAAAUAUACAUAAUGUAGAUUCCAUUCUUCAACAAGAUAAGAUAAAAUCAUUGAAAAUUUCAAUUUUUAAUAAAAUGAAAUUGUUGAUGAUGAAAAUUCAGCACAAAAAUAAUCUUUUUAAAACUAUUACAUACUUAUAAUAAAUACUUUCCACAAAGACAUUGUGCGGGGACGGAUGGUCAGAAUACCAAACACAAUUUACCGAAGACCGAGAAUCAAGAGCCAUCCCUGUAUCCUCUAGAAUACAGUGGACACUAGAGAGAGGUAGUCGCACAGGAGGUUUAUUAAGCUUAUUAACGGACUAUACAAGGGUGGACGUACAUAUCUACGUCGGUGGUCGUGGAAAGUAUGGCUAGCCAGAAGGGGCACAAGGGUAGAAGAUAAUGGUACGUGUGUGUGUGCCUUACUCUACCCCUUCAUUUUAUAUGGCAGAAUUCGAGAUUUCGGCUUGUCAUACCUAUAAUUAUCACUUUCCUUUGGGUUAUUUCCUCUCCGUCUAAUUAAUUUGUACCUUCUCACUAUCUGUCUUCAAGUAUCAAAUUUAGUUCAAUUUAUGCUGAAAUCAAAUCAAAAAUUUCAAUUAUACAAAUAAAAGAGAAUCCUACGUAGAAAAUUCAAAAUUAGCUGUUUACAGAUAACUUUACAUAGCGAAUGAAAUUUCAUUUUCAGUAUAUUUCCUAUUUUAUGAAUUUUUUCUGAAAAAUUUUUAAACUUUUUUUAAAUCUUUGAAUUAAACGAAUUAAAAUUUUUUAUAAUUUAGCUUAUAAGAAAAAUUAUAUAUAUAAUUUAAUAUAUAAAUAAUAUAUAUAAUUUAAUAUAUAAAUAAUAUAUAUAAUUUAAUAUAUAAAUAAUAUAUAUAAUUAUAUAUAUAAUUUUUCUUAUAAGCUAAAUUAUAAUUUCCCUCAUAUUCGUUGUUACAAUAAUAAAAAUAUUUUGCCUUUCUUAAAUUUUAUUCGAUAUAUAUAAGAGAAUUACAAGUAUGAUAACUAUGAAAAAGGACAGAUGUCGAUGAAAUUAAAACAAUAUUACGAUAAUAAUAAUCGUACAAUAAUUUAUCUUCUAAAUCAAUCACCCUCUUUCAUAGGCUUGUUAUAUUCCUUGACUGCAUCCCCCUUCCUAUAAUCACGUGGCCACCCCAACGAGUAUUAUUAGCUGCACGCUUUGCAAUUGGAUUAACGAAAGCGGAAUUGCAUCGACGGAAACGGAAACGGCAUGGAUUGUUUCGCAUAGUCACGAAGGCCUACCACUUUUGCUUGUUUCAUUUAAUGGAAAUACUUGCCAGUACCAUGAGACAAUCAUCGUCGAAUCACGAUAAUUUUAAACUUUAUUACAUGUAUCAUUAACUAACUUUCUAUCUCUUUUAAAUAAAGAUUAUAAAGGCAAUGAAAUUUCAAAGUUUUAUCCUGUACUAAGUUUUUGUUCUUUAAAAAGAACGAAAUUAACUGUGUCAACUAAGAUUUCACUUAAUUAAUUUUCAAAAUACAAUAUCAACGUCAUACAAUGUCAACUAAGAUUUCACUUAAUUAAUUUUCAAAAUACAAUAUUCAUUGUUGCUUAUGAUUGUUUUCCACAUUCCUGGAUUUCAUAUUUAAUAAUUUGUUAAUUAAUAGUAUUAGUGGUUUAAGAUUAUAA